UCCAUUCUGAGAGUGGAAAUCGAUGAGAAAUGAUGACUGACAGCGUCUGGUCCCUGAUCUAGGAGUCAUGUGUUUUUGUUAGGCAUUGUAAAGACUGCCCAGUAGAGGAUGCCUGCCUUUAGACUACAGGUAGAUAACUGGCUUCUACCACCUGCUUUUCUUGAGGUCCCUUUAGAAGGAGGCUGUGGCUGAGUAAAUUUUUCUAAUGUCAGCAGUAGUGUUGCUCCUGGAAAUCCUCAAGAAAACAUGCUAAGGACAAGCUGCAUUGGUUGUUCAUUUUGGCGUCAACAAUCUACUCCCAUUCGUAGCCUUUCCUGGGUCAACUCUGAAAUGGAUGGCACUUAGGGUAAAUCAGUUCAAGUCCAGUCUAUCAGACUCUUCCAAGAAGCUACGGAAGUAAGGACAAGUUGCCUUGUGUGGCAUAUUGUCUCUAACCUUGAGUGCAGAAUUUACUCUUCGUCAGCCUGAGUGCAGUCUUGAGCUGUCCUUGGGAGGGGGGAGAGAUUUUUGGUUAUUGUUGAUACCAAUUACAGACUGCACCAUCUCCCAUCGCUCUUGUGUCUUCAGAGAUUGGGGUGUGUGUGUGUGAAGAGACCUGCUGAAGCUCUUUCUUGAGUGGAUUCUAGGCUCUCGAUACAGAGGAGGUGGAACAAUUGUCUGAAGUCAUGCGUUAGAUGUUUAACUCGGAGGGGCAUGUUUUCAGGAUUUCCUAUUGGCAAGUCUUAGGGAGUUCCCUGCUCGGUAAAUGGACUGUUGAACCUUUAUUGUAAGGUACUUACUGUUCUUACCUGUAGUACGGUUUUCUGGCUUAUAUUUGAGAGCCAAGUACCUGAAAAUAAGAAUAUAAAAAUGAGCAUGAAUUUUAAAUGCAUAUAGCCUUUUCUGUUCCAUUCAUUCCUAAAAGUGAACUCGUAGAAGAAUGUUGUAACAGCAGUCCUGCAGAAGCCUGUUUCAGAAAUGCAGUAGGGAAGCUCCAGGAAAAACGUGCACUCGAUUCAGAUAGCGCUAUUCUGCGUGCUGACCGUCACUGAAAAAUGGGACUGAGUUUUGCUGGGAUGGGUUCUUGGGAGUGGCACCCGAGUUCAAGGUCACUAUACAAAUCCCCCAGACUUCUUAAUGGCGUGGUAUAAACUAUUUGGAAAACAAGGUGUGUGGGAUCAUGGUAAUCUGUUGCUUGUGCUGUGACUGUUUCUUUGGAGCACUGAGGAUGGCUGUGACUUACUCCUGGGUGUGAGUGGGGGCUCAUUGCUUUUCCUCUCAUCUCUCACUAAAACGUCAAGCUAAGUAGAUAUGAAAUAUUGCAAUCAAUAUGGAAUUUGGUAUUAAACUCUACUCAGGAAAGAUGUGGGUUUGGGGAAAUCAGUGUUUUUCCUGGGAAGUCUCAAGCUUUCUGAAGUUUUUGAUUUGAAAAAGGAAAAAAAUAUUGUAAUAAAUUCUUUUGUUCUAAGUGGGUUCAAUGUUCAUGUACAACUUCCUGAGAUGUAGCCAGCUUAGGAAGAGUUUGGUUGUUCAACCUUCCUUCUCCUCCUACUCCAGACUUUUUGGUUGGAUAACAGCUCCCAUAAUUCACUAUAGUCUUACUUAGCUAAGGUAGAAGCUAAUUGAAGUUGCCAUUUUUGAUUAUAAAAUUUUCCUGCUAUAGCUGCUCUGAAAGUAGUAGGGCAGAAGAGCUAACCAGGAGGGUAGAAAACAUAUUCUAUUUUUAGGACAAGAUUGGCUUAUCUUGUAUUUAUCCUAGCCAGAGGGAUAACAUUUCCAGAGACCUCACAUGAGUAAAGACUGCGCAAGGGCUGAGUUAAAAUUAACUGCCUGGCAGUUAACGAACAUGGAGUCUGCACAAGAAGCAGAGGAGCUGGGACCUCAGACAGAAGUGAUUACAGACACCAUUCUUGAGGUUGGAGAGAGACUCUUUCAGGUCAGCCGCAGGGCACUUUCGCUGCACAGUCGUUAUUUUGAAGCCAUGUUUUUUGGGGGCACAAGGGAGAGCUCUGAACACCAUAUAGUGAUCAGAGGAAUUGAUGCAGUGCCUUUCCAGGCACUUCUUGAGUUCACUUGCACGGCCCAAGUGUUUAUAGAUCGAGAAAAUGUCACCAGCUUACUGGAAACAGCUGAUUUUUUUCAGUUUGACAAUGUGAAACUGUUUUGUGAGAAAUUUCUGGAGAGAGAGCUGCAUGUUUCCAACUGUCUGGGCCUGAUGACUUACUCACAGCAAUUUGCCUGCGUAGAGCUGCACGCAUCUGCUGUGAAUGUGGCUCUCACUCACUGGGAGGAUGUGAUGUGUCAGGAAGAAUUUAAGGCACUUCCCAAAGAAAUGCUGAUGCAGUGCCUGCAAAGCGAUGACCUUUUUGCUCCUCGAGAAGAUGUGGUUUUUGACAGUGUUAUGAGGUGGAUAAUGGAGGACCCAGCAACGAGGGAGGAAGACUUCUUGGAUUUGGUGGGAGAAGUCAGAGUCGCUUUUCUGAGUCUGUCCUUCCUUGAUAUCUUGGUGAAACGCAGCAAGCGCCCUGGAGAGAAAGAUACUUUCUCCAGACUAAUAAAGAAGUUAGACAGCUGUCCUCCACCCAGCUGGCAAAAUGUGAAACUGUCUCCUUAUGCUGGCCGGAACUAUGACACCUUAUAUGUUCUGGGAGGAAGACAUGACAAAGAACAACAAGAAUUAUUUCUAUUUCAACCUAAAACAGGGACCUGGCAGGCUUGCUCUCCCCUGCAGCGCAGAAACCUCACCCAGUAUGCAGUGGCAGCAGUAGGGGAUUUUGUUUUUGUGACAGGAGGAUACUUCCGGGAUGAGUUUGUUUGGUAUAGUGUGGAUUGGGUGAUGAUCUACAAUUGCUCGGACAAUAGCUGGCUGGAAGGGCCUGCCAUGAAGAAGUCUCGCAAUAGUCACUGUGCGGCAGGAGUAGGGCUCUACCUGUAUGUACUUGGAGGGAGCACAGAUGAAGGGAUAGUUCCAGCAGUGGAGCGCCUGGCUUUGAUGGACUCGCAGUGGGAAAGCAUGAGUCCUAUGGUUCAGCCUGUGGAGAGAGGAGAUGCAGUCAGUGUAGGAACCAGCAUCUACGUGGUCUGUGGCCUUGAUGAAAAUGGACAUGUUUAUGGUGGAGUGCAAAGGCUGAACACAGAGACGGACAUCUGGGAUGUCAUCUCAUUCUCCCCGCUUCCCAGGUAUGACCUGCGCAUCACAGCACUGAAUGGUGCUCUGUACACCAUAGGAGGGGGAGCUUUUCGAUUUGAUGUGAAGACAGAUGAAUGGACCCAAGUGGAUGAGGAAUGUUUGACCCAGAAGUUCUUCAUGGGUUGCAGCACUGUGAAUGGACAAAUUUAUCUCCUUGGCCAGAGAAAGGGGAACAGUGCCCUCCCCAUUAUAGUGCUCUUUGAUCCCUACACUGACCUGUGCCAGGUCAUAGAUAACAAACUCCCUUGCCCCCUUCCUAUUCAUGGGUGUGUCUCUGUCCGAAGAUUUGAUACUUGGGCAUAAGUGAAGCCAGAUCCAGUUUAGCCAUAAAGUCAUGUGCUUUACAGCUGGUGGGAGUUAACUUGUGUAAACUUUGGUUUGGGAAAUUUGUUGAAUUUUGAAAAAAGUUCUAUUUCUUUAACAUCUUUGUCUUUUUCUAUCUGGCAAAUGAUCUUGAAGCAAAAGCCAGUCAAGCGUCUGCAGCUACCUGUGGUUUGCAGUUUAUUAUUAGAAAUUGUGAUCAGUGUUGUUAAGGGCACAUAAACUCAUCAGAGUUGAAGCUGAAUAAACUCAUCAAAAUUGAAGCUAAAUAAGUACUGUUCAGACCCCUAAUCUGUAUGGUUCUUUGUGCUUUGUACAGCUGGGAGGAACAGGAGUGUCACUGUAUCAGUUAUAAAAGCACUGUAGGAAUGAAAUAAUAAAUUGUGUGUUGAGGGAGUCCUCAGCAGGAUCUAUGGACUGUUACUGCUGCAGGAAAGAGCAAAAGAACACACUGCAGCCAAGCUA